UCAUUCCUUAACAUUUGAUUUUUAUGAUUUGUGUACUUGUACGAGAUUUAAUUAUUUUUGUUAAAGGAAAUUAGGAUGUGGAAAGAUUGAAUAAGUUUAUUUUGAAUAAUUAAUGUGCUCACUUUGAAAUUUAAUCUAGUCUGAUUAUAUUCUAGUCCGUUAUCAAUAUAUUGAUUAUUUCCUAAGAUUACCUAUAAACUUGAAGUGAGAGUAAGUUGAACUGAGUGAUGUAAUUACGUUUUCGGAAGUGAAAGUUUGUUUAUUUUAAGAUUGUGUAUCAAACUUCAUACGAUUGGACACUCUUUGUUUAAAAUAAUUAAUUUAAAAAAAGCUAAAAAAAAUAUUAAGCAAUUAUGGCAUCUAAUUCAGCUUCAUCUGGGCGUAGUUACUCUUUUAAAGUUGUUCUUUUAGGCGAAGGAUGUGUAGGUAAGACCUCCUUGGUUUUAAGAUAUGUGGAAAAUAAAUUUAAUGAAAAGCAUUUCAGCACGCUUCAGGCGUCGUUCUUGAACAAAAAAUUAAAUAUCGCUGGUAAGAAAGUUAAUCUUGCCAUCUGGGAUACUGCUGGCCAAGAACGAUUCCAUGCUUUGGGUCCAAUUUAUUACCGCGAUAGCAAUGGUGCAAUACUUGUUUAUGACAUCACAGACGAAGAUUCCUUCAACAAGGUGAAGAAUUGGGUAAAGGAAUUACGAAAAAUGCUUGGCGAAAAUGUAUGUCUUUGCAUAGCUGGGAAUAAAACAGACUUGGAAAAAGACAGAGCAGUGCCAGUUGCUGAAGCAGAAUCCUAUGCAGCAUCAGUUAGAGCCAAACAUUUUAUGACAUCUGCUAAACAGAAUCGUGGGAUUGAAGAACUUUUCCUCGAUUUAACUCGGCGUAUGAUUGAAGUUACUGAUGCAAAUGACCAACAGGCUAACAGCUUAGGCAGGGGAAGUAAUCAGAGAAGAAAUGUGGUGAUUGUGGAUGAUGAGCCACAGCAGCAAAGAUCUGGUUGCUGUGGAGGUGGUUGAUAAAAUUAUUUAGAACUUUAUAUCCCUGAUGGAAAUUCCAAUACAAUUAGCUGCUGUUUGGAGCUAUUAUACAUAAAUUUUGCAAAUUCUUUAAAUUCUAAAUACAGUUAUUCUGGAUUACAUUUAAUAUAUAUGUGCGUGUUUGGAAUUGUACAUUUUUGUAUAAAUAUUUAUAAACUGAGAUUUCACAAUUUCGGCUUACUGAGAGUAAGAAUUUGCAAAUAAUUUCAAUGAAUGUUUUGAUUGAACUCUAAUGUUGUAAAUUCACGAAAUGUGUCAGUGUCACAGUGUAAGAUAUAUCUGUAAUUUUGCUGCUUAGUAUUAUUUUUCAUUUGCUUUAAAGAUUACAGAAAUAUCAAUAAAUAAAACUAUACCACAGAAUUUAAUAGUGUACCGUUCUGUGAUAAAUAUGAGAAACUACAUCUACUAUAAUUAGAAUUGCUUAACAAUUGAAAAUUAUUACCAUUUUAUAUCUAUGUUUGAAAAGGUUAAUUUGUGGUAAUUUGAAUAUCAUUUGCUUUAUCUUUACCAAGACUAAAUUUAUAAAAUUAAUAAUAAUCUUUACAGUUAUUAUUUUUUUAAACAUUGUCAGUUGAUGUAAAUGAAGGAAGUUUAUUUAUAUUAUGAACCAGAAGACUGUAACAGAAGAUGAUUUCAUAUCAAAUAACUGAUAUAUCAUAUACUAAAAUCAUCAGUUAUAAGUAAAUUGCAACAUGCAUAACAUAUAAAAAAUAAUAUAAGCAUGAAAUGCUUCUUUUUUAAAAUAUGUACUGAAAGCUAAGAAUAAACAAGAUUUUAAUUCCA